AUGAACUCACUCUCCCUCCGAGUUUCAAAGCUUCUCAGAUUCUCUCCGAUUUCUCCUCUAGCAAUAGAAAAAGGCUCGAGGUCUUGGUUCUCCACUGGUCCAAUCGAUGAAGGUGUGGAAGAAGAUUUCGAAGAUAACAAUAUUUCAGACAAACCUGAGCUUCAGCCUCAUGGAGUUGAUCCCCAUAAAGGUUGGGGAUUUCGCGGUGUUUAUAGGGCGAUAAUUUGUGGGAAAGUAGGCCAAGCACCGUUACAGAAGAUCUUAAGGAACGGGAGAACUGUAACGAUCUUCACGGUAGGAACAGGGGGCAUGUUUGACCAGAGGCUUAUCGGAGCAACCAAUAAGCCGAAACCAGCUCAGUGGCAUAGAAUCGCAGUGCAUAACGAAGUGCUUGGCUCUUACGCUGUCCAAAAACUCGCUAAAAACUCAUCGGUUUAUGUCGAAGGUGACAUAGAGACUAGAGUGUAUAAUGAUAGCAUCAGUAGUGAAGUGAAGAGUAUCCCAGAGAUUUGCAUUCGCCGUGAUGGGAAGAUUCGGCUGAUCAAAUAUGGGGAAAGCAUUAGCAAAAUCUCUUUCGACGAGCUAAGUAAGUUAUCAUUUCUUACUCCUUAA